UCCUGUGCCAGUUGGAGGUCGUUUGGGAGUUUCUGUACAUUAUCUUAGCUGCUGUUCAUCUCGGCCAGGUGUAAUUUUCUGUAGUUGUAAAUUUUACAUUUUAUAAUGUCUCAAGCUUCCGCUGGGGUAGGUGGAUCACAUCAGAAUCCAGCAGGCAUGGCAUAUGUCCCAACAGAGGAGGAAAGGAGAGUCUUCAGAGAGUGUAACCAAGAGAGCUUCUGGUACAGGUCUCUACCUUUUUCUGCGAUGGGCAUGUUGGUUACACAAGGUUUGAUCUCCAGGGGAAUCUUCACAUCCUCGUCAAGGUUUGGCUCUAUUCCUAAAGUUGCGUUUGCUGGUGUUUGUGGGUACCUGGCUGGAAAGAUGUCCUACAUGAAGACAUGCCAGGAGAAGUUUAAAAAACUGGAGAAUUCCCCACUGGGAGAGGCUCUGCGCCAGGGACAUCGGACAUUUCCACCUCAAUUUGCCCCUCAGUCUGAGCUUUCAGAUGCGGAAAAACCAGACUAUCAAUCUUCAUUUCAGUCUGUGCUUCAACCCCCUCAAACUUCCUCAAGCUAUUCCGAGGACUUCAGCUACACUGAUCGCUCCCUGUCCACUUACGAGCCAGCCCAAUUCAGCUCUUCUCCUUCUGGAGCCGAGGACUUCAGCCCUCAAGCACCUGCCCUACACAUAGAGGAUGAGACACCAAAAAAGACACCAAUAAUGUACGAAGAGUUACGAAAUAAAAACAGAGAGAACUAUGAGGUGACGAUGACUCAGAAAGCUGAGGUGCUGCUCAAACCCCAGCAGGACAGAGCCCCUAAAACCGAAGGUAAUGUGGUAAACUGUAUUCGAGACAAGGAGGCUUCAGUGUCAAGACCUGCCUGCUUUAAGAUAGUGAAUGGGGGGUACAUGUCAGUUUGUGCCAUUAUGCAAUACCUGUUCACAAUCUGAGUUUUAGUUACAUUUGUUUUUCACAUGCGGUCAUAAUGUGAUCUUUGCUAUACUCCAGCUUCAGUUUAAAAAACAAAAGUGUGAGAACCCCCAACUAGAAGCACAUUCAAUCUUUUAGCAGCUUUUCACAGUAACAUUGCUGCUUUUCCUAUGACUGCAGUGUUUUCAGUGUUUCUGUGUGUGACCUCUUUAGAUUACAUGUAGGUAUUUAUUUAUUUUUUCUCUGCAAUUACUGUUUAGAAUUGAAGGUAAUAAAUAUUAGGUAAGAUGUACCGGAAUUGUUUUGUCAUCUAUUUACAGUAUGUCCUUUAACAUCUGAAUGUGUGUUUGGGUUAAUUUGUAGGGAUACCAGAAGUCACAGUUGGUCACAAACAUUAUCCUAAGCAAUAGCAAGAGGCAAAGAUGUGUCAAGGGAUGGUUACAGAGGUCACACAAAACAUACCUGUAGCAGAUUAAUAACAUUAAUUUGAAGCAAUUCCAAAGACUUUUUUUGUUGGUGUAAUUUAUAAUAUCCUUGUUAAUGCAGCUAUGGUUGACAAUUUAAUUG